AUGCACGGACUCUUCUCGACCCUCCUCGCCGCGCUCGUCGCGUUUGCCGCACUCGCCAGCUCGAAUCCUGAUAGCGACCCUAGCAUUGUCGGCAGCACCAGGAUCGACGAGAACAAGCACGACCAGGACAUUGCCAUCAAGGAGGUCUGCUACCUCGAGCUGUACGAGGCCAAGGACUGGAGCACGCUCUCGUACCAGAAAGAGACGCUCGUCAAGGACGAGUACGCUCGCUCCGUCUACUUGACCGACGGCUACAAGAAGGACGAGAACGGCGCCGAGUACUACUACAAGUCGUUCUGCUACAAGGACUUCAACAACGCCGCGUCGGUCGUGGACGGCGGGAUCGGUCGCGCGUUCCGCAACGUCAACAUCGCCGGCAACGGCGGCGCCGGCGACUCGUCUUCGCUCGAGACGGGCAAGGGCGACACCGAGGCGACCAAGAGCGGUCUCGGCAAGAACCUCUACUAG